AAAUAGUUAGCCUUUUGCAAAAAGAUAUCAUAAUUAGCGGACCCUAAAAUUGGAAUUAGUAAACCUACGUAACAAACAUAAGGUGUGGUUUUUAUAUAUAUAAUUGAGAAGAAAGUUGGUGGGUGCGGCGUUCCCUAAUUUGAGCAUGCCUUUCUAAUUUGGAAUUUUGUUCUAUCAACUUCCAUACUUUCAGCUUUUGGGGAUUUUUCAAAUAUCCUAAACCCUCAUUUUUAGUGUCAUGUUCUUCACCAAACAAAACUCCCUAUCACUAUCACUAUCACUUUCAAUUCACACUCCUUACUUUUAAUAUGCUUCUUAAUUGAGUCAAUCCUUGUGAGUUCAUCGUUCAAGUUCAUAAGUUUUUUAUACCAUAUCAAAUAUCGUGUUUAUGAAUGAAAAGAAAGUUAACAAAUUUAUUUGAUAUGAAUUUAAAUUGAAAAUAUAUAUUUUUUUUGACAUAUGAGGCGAAAGGAACAAAUUUAUUGUAGUUGAGCUAGGUUAACACUAUGAUUAGAAGUUCGAACUUUUAAAUGUUUAGUGUAGAUAUCUUUAGUCUAUAUAAGAUGAUGCCUUGAUGAUUAAACUAUGUUCAACAUAAACAUUUAUAUUCGUAUUUGGUGGAAAUAAGGAAAACUUAUAUUUAAAUAAAUCAUAUCUUCCCUAUCCUAUUUAGGAUUAUAGUCAAUAAUAUACAUUCAUAGGCACAAAGUUAGUAAUAUUUAUAACCCUAAAGCUUCACAAUUAUUCAUUACCUCUUCUUCUUCUUCAUUUUCAUGGCGGUCCAUAUGGAAGAAAGAAGACAGUCAUUAACAUCAAGUGAAUGGCCAAUCAGAGGAACCAUUCUCUAUCAUCAUUCUGAACAAUCCGAAACCAAAACCAUGACAGAAUUGAAAACAGAGCCUACCGAAACUAUCCCUGUAAUCUACUACCUCACUCGACAUGGCCAACUCCAGCAUCCUCAUUUGCUUGAAGUUCCUCUUUCUUCUUCCCAAGGACUCCUCCUCAAAGAUGUGAUCAAACGACUGGAUAUCCUCCGAGGAGAAGGCUUUUCCAGAUUGUAUUCCUGGUCUUCGAAGCGGCAGUACAAGAACGGAUAUGUAUGGCAAGACUUAUCGGACGACGAUUUGAUACAUCCAUCUCAAGGCCGGGAGUACAUUCUCAAAGGAUCGGAAGUGCAAUUGCUAGAGGGGUCUUCGAGUUUUCGAUCUUGUGAAACGUCAUCGUCAUUUUCGGACUCGAAAUUUUCUUCAGAGACGAACAAUUCGAGCACGGACUCGAAGGUUGGCGUCGGGGUGAAUAAGAGCAAUCAGUCGUGGAAUUCGGUGGAAGAUAUUUGCCGGAACGUAGUGUACAAAGCGAGAAUAUCAGGCGAAGGCGGGAUGAACGCGGGGACGCAGACGGGUGAGAGGCGACGGAGAUGGACGGACAGUGUAGCGGCGGAGGAAUGCGGUGGGGAGGGAGUUUCAAAAUCUGGAAUUGGAAAAACGGAGAGGAUGAAGAGUGUAGAUUGUGAUGGAGCGGGGGAUUUGAGGGAUCGGACGGGGAGGAAGAGUAACAGGUGGAAAGCAUCAACGGUUCUGAUGCAGUUGAUGAAGUGUAACAUCCAAAAUUAAAUGUUAGGUGUCAUCCAUUCGAUAAAUAACCAAAUUUUAUGUUAAGAUUAAGAGAAGUUAAUACUCAACCUUUGUCUUAUUCUAAAAUAUGAUUAAGAAAGAGCUCUCUAUUGUAAUUAUAUUUCAUGAAAGAGAUGAACCAUUUCAAUUAGUCA